UGACAGAGCAUCUUAAACCAUACACUGACAAUCGACAAAGCCCCGCAUAAAAGACUCCCAAAGCCCCACGACAAACCCCAUCUUCUUCUUCUUCUUCCUCCUCCUGAUCCUCCUCUCACCAACAACAAUGUCGAUCUCCGGCGACCAAACCCACCGCCACCCUCACAUCCUAGUCUACCCUUACCCUGCACAAGGCCACAUGCUACCACUCCUCGACCUAACCAACCAACUAGCCCUCCGCGCCCUCACCAUAACAAUCGUCAUCACCCCCAAAAACCUCCCAACCCUCACACCACUCCUCUCCGCCCACCCCUCAAUCCAAACCCUCGUCCUCCCAUUUCCUUCACACCCCAAAAUACCCCCCGGCGUCGAAAACGUCAAGGACAUCGGCACCCACGGCAACCUCGCCGUCAUCAACGCCCUCGCCAACCUCCACGACCCGAUCAUCCAGUGGUUCGAGUCCCACCCUAACCCCCCUGUUGCUCUCAUGUCAGACUUCUUUCUCGGCUACACUCUCCGCCUCGCUGACCACCUCAAAAUCCCGAGAAUAACCUUCUUCUCGUCCGGAGCUUUCUUGGCUUCGAUUCAAGAGUACUGUUGGCGGAACCUAGACCUGGUCCAGUCGUCGUCGGUUAUUGACUUCCCCUCUGUUCCUCGGUCGCCCUCAUUGAAAAAGGAGCACGUGCCGUCGAUUGUGUUGGCUCACAGAGGAACGGAUCCCGAGUCUGAGCUCCUGAGGGUUUCCAUGCUUGCCAAUACCGACAGUUGGGGCUGUGUUUUCAAUACCUUUCAGGACUUGGAGGGUGAGUAUUUGGAUCACUUGAAGAGAAGAAUGGGCCACAACCGGGUUUACAGUGUCGGCCCAUUGAGUCUGAUUGGUGCCGGAGAUGGUGGUUUGGAUCGGGGAAACCUGAACACGGGUUCCGGUGGCGAUUUAAUGGCGUGGCUUGACGGGUGUCCUGAUGGGUCUGUGCUGUACGUUUGUUUUGGGAGUCAAAAAUUGUUGAAUAGUAAACAAAUGGAGGCGUUGGCUAGUGGGCUCGAGAGGAGCGGGGUGAGAUUUGUGUGGGCUGUGAAGACGGGCUCGGCCCAAGAAGCAAAGGACGGGUACGGUGUUGUGCCCGAGGGGUUUGAGGAGCGGGUUGCCGGGCGGGGCUGGCUGGUGAAAGGUUGGGCGCCGCAGGUGUUGAUAUUGGGUCACCGGGCCGUGGGCGGAUUCGUGAGCCAUUGCGGGUGGAAUUCAGUGCUCGAAGCGAUAGUGGGUGGGGUUUUGAUAUUGGGCUGGCCCAUGGAGGCGGACCAGUAUGUGAAUGUCAAGCUGUUGGUGGAGGACAUGGGUGUGGCCAUACAAGUGUGCGAGGGUGCGAGCGGUGUACCCGACCCGGCCCAAUUAGGAAAGGUGAUUGCCGAGUCACUAAGCGGCGACUCGGCUGAAAAGGUGAGGGCAAAGGAGCUGAGGGACAAGGCAUUUGUCGCUGUGAGAGAUGGUGGUAGCUCUUCAAAAGAUUUGGAUGAGCUUGUGAAACAGUUGAGCCAACUUUGAGCGGCAAUGUGAUUGUAUGAUUACCAAUUCUUAAUUUGAGAAGCAUUGUUUUUAUUAUGUUA